AUGACUUCACAAGAAACGAAGUACUCAUUCCCGCAGAGAUCACUGCGCGUGCUUCAAACGACCAAAGCAGCCGAGAGUCCGACCCGACGAGCUGGUAAUAACCUCUUUCUCACAUCAGGCACUGCGUUCGUCAUGACCCAAGAUUCCGAGUCACCUGCAGCGCCCCCUUUAGGUCUUGAAACGGAGCCGUUCGUGCACAAGACGCCGGUGUCGCUUUCGGAUGACGAUUCCAUCUGGUCGGACGUCAAAGACACGUUGAUCCUCGGCUUUCCCAUAUUCCUCGCCAUGCUCUCCUGGGUCGGUAUGAAGACCACCGACUCUGCCUUGUUGGGACACGUAUCGGCCGAUGCCCUGGCAGCCUCCGCCUUGUCGGACUUGUGGACCAUGUGCUCCGCCGUUCUCAUACAGGGAAGGGUUCUCGGUAUCCUCUGUGGCGCCGCCGUCGGUGCCGGCAAUCCGAAACUUGCCGGAGUAUACCUCCAAGUCUCUUACUACGUCCUGGGCGGCGUCUGCGUCUUGGUCUUUGCGUCCUGGUACGUCACCGAAUACGUGUGGUUGGCCUUUGGCUCGGAUCCAAAAAUUGCCCACAUGGCGGGAUCCUACGCCAAAAUAUUGGCCUGGAGUAUUCCGGGACAAUUGGCCUUUGCGCAACUCAGUCAAUUUUUUUCCGCCCAACGCAUCAUGGCACCCGAAGUCAACGCGUCCUCCUUCGCCAUGUUGGCGAAUCUCGUAUUGGGAUUGGUUUUCGUGCUCGGUAUUCCUUUUCCACAAUGGGACGGGUUUGGCUUCGUCGCUUGCCCGACCGUGACUUCUAUUGUAGUCUACGUACAGCUUUUUGUGCUUUGGUUCUUUUACAUAUACAUCAAACGGCUACACGAACCGUGCUGGGGCGGAUGGGAUUGGAAGGCAAUGACCAAGGAACGCGUCCGGAUUUUCAGUGAUCUCUACUUUCCCGCGGCCUUGGGUAUGGCGUCCGACUUUUGGCGAGUCGCCGUGGUGGGAGCCGUCGCUGCUAAACUGGGAGAAGAAGAAGUAGCCGUCUUCAAUACUUCGUAUCGCAUCAUGUGGAUUGUUUUGAUUUUAGUCAACGCGCUCUCCAGUGCCGCCGGAAUCAAAAUGAGUAUGCGGCUUGGAAAUAUGGACCACCACGGUGCCAAGCAGGCUGGUGAAGUGGGAAUAUAUAUGUCUGCGGCUAUUUUGUCGUUUAUCGGAUUCGGAGUGGUCUGGAAAAUUCGAUGGUUCGGUCGCAUUUUUACCAACGAUCCGGUCUUUUUGGAUCUUUUUGAAGAGGCCAAAUGGCCGUUCAUGGUCACACUAGUUCUCAUGAAUCUGUCCGUGGCCAUUGAACGAAUCCCUUACGCCAUGGGACGAACCAAGGAGGUUUUCUGGCUCGGUUUUGUGGCCAGUUGGGGCGCUCAGGUACCAGCGGUUGCUCUGUUGACGACUUACUGGCGGUCCGACCUGGUGGGUCUCUACUGGGGCAUGGCUUCCGGAUACGCCGUCCUAUCUAUUUUGUACGGCUACGUGACGCUCACAAGUGACUGGAAAUUGUACGCCGAACUGGCCCGAUCUCCGCUUCUGGCCUUCUUCCGCCCUGGAAUUCGGUGUCGUUGGACGUUGGACGAAAACACAUUUAUUGGACACACAAAAGGGCCAGAAAUUUCGUUCAGCCAGUUCGCCGCACCGUAUCUAGUCUACACGACCAUGGUGGAUCCACCUUCGGUCACCGCAGAGACAUCCUACCCAGGUCCUGCAGCGCCUUCAGACGGAAGAGUGCAGCAGGUUGAAUCAAAUGAUUCUAGGUGGAUGAACCAAGUACCGAGUCUCCCUUCUGUGUCGAUUCAUCCUGGUCACUUUUUUCUGUUUGCGAGUCUACCGUUCUGUGUCGGCGCUUACCGUGGCUACCGACGCCCUUUGGAACGUAUGGUGCAGGAUAUUUUGCAGCAAAGAACGGGAGGACGUGUUCAUAUUGCCGAUAUCAAAAGUGCCGAGGAAGAUGUGCGCCGAGCCGUAGCGUCGGCCGUGGCUUCAAGGGCGUUGAGUGUUGCCUCGCUGGCGAGUGUCGGAACGUUCGGUCUUUUCACGGCCAGCAUCUUCUACGCGCUCAGAUGCCAGACCUUGGGGGAAGCCAUGGAAGUGACAAGAACUUGGGCACACGAGCGACGGAAAGCUUUGGAUCGGUUUAUGGGUACGGCAGGACGAGUCGAUGAAUCCCACCCCGAAGUUUUGGCUACCAGGGGUAUGACGGAAGAAGAAGAGAUGGCCUACAUCUCAAAAAUGUAUCUCCCGGAUGAAGAAUGGGAAGAAGAAAUAAUAGCUGAGGACAAAGAAUAG